GAGCAUAAAAAAAAAGCCGUCAAUUUCUGUAACGCCGUUGCGAACUACGAGCAUUUGAAAUAAAUUGAAUUAUUGGCAAAUCUAUAAAGAUGUAUUUAAUAUCUACCUCUAAGAAGACAAUUUUAUCAGAUUUUGCUGAUUUGGAAACGAAAUCCGUGUUUGUACAUCCCAAUGGAGAAUCUACAGACUUUCAAUUCAAUGCGCAGCGACGCGUCUUCGUGGAGGUGGACAAAAAGGCGGGCUUGGCGGUGAUGCGCAUAAAGGAGAAGCAAAACACUCCUGAAAUACAGCGCGUGCGCAAAUUGACCAUAGAAAAUGCUUAUUCGGUGUCCUGUGCCAAAACGGCCUCCAAUCAAAUUGCUAUCGGUCAAUCAAGCGGAUUUGUUAAGCUCUUCGACUUUCGUACCGCUGAGUUGAUUCACCGAUAUCCCGCGGAUCAAUCACGCAGCACAGUGCUUUAUGUUGACUACAAUUGCACGGAUGAUUAUAUAGCCGCAGUGCUGGAGACCGGCAAAAUAAAUAUUUAUGGCACGAAGACCAAACAAAAGAUUGAAACUGUCACCAUCGAUGAUCACACGACUCUGGCUCGCUUUCAUCCCAGCAAACGUUUCCAUUUGGCCAUUGCCAGCUACAAGGGCACGGUUAGCGUCUAUGAUGUGCAUGCCAAACGCAAUAUCUUCCUUAUAAGCGAGGCACACGAUGCUCCAUGCCGUGACGUGAGCAUGUGCAGCAGUCAGCCGUCGCUGCUGGUCAGCGUUGGCUACGAUUGCAAGAUCAAUAUAUUUGAUAUACGACGUAAUAAGGCGCAGUCGUCAUCGGGUCGUUUAACCUAUUCACAUCCCCUGUCGACUGGGGCAUUGAGCGAAUGUGGCACCUACUUUUGUGCUGGCAAUCUUAAAGGUGAACUGAUUACCUAUGAUAUGCGCAGCACCAAAUCGCCGUUAGCUGUGCGUCCGGUGCACGAGGGCUGCGCUGUCAGUCGCGUCGCCUUUGUGCCCAUGCUCACGGAGGAGCAGCAGAGCAGCAGUUUCACUAGCUGCAGUAACGCGACCAUGGAGGCGGGUAAGCCAGUUGCCGCUUUAGUCGAGCAAACGCCUAGCGAUGAGCUGCGCAAAUCCAUUGCAGCUAAUCUGCUGCAAACACAACAGCAGCUGGCGACGAUGAGCAUAGGCUACAGCAGCAAGCAGCGUGAUUCAUUUUGUGAUUUUCUGGAUGCGCACCGGCCGCGUGGCUUGGAUCGCAUGUCUACGCGCUUGACCACGGCAACAGCUAGACGCGAUAGCUUCGAUUGGGAUGCGCUACAAGCGAAGCAAAAUAACGAAGAACAGCGACAAAGCAUUUGUGCCACUAGCUCGGGUCUGAGUUCCCUAGACAGCGUUGACUCCUUGCAACAAACUCUUAGCGGUCCGUUACGCGAUCGCAGCAAUGUUUCGGGAGAUGCCAAGCUGAAAAGGAUUACCGAGACAGAUGAGCACAGCGCACACCUGCAUGAGCUGCAAUUGGCCAAUUGCUCCGUAGCCAGCAGCUGUGCUGGCAGUGAUAAAGAGAAUCCAACUGUGGCAGAUGUCGAGCGGAAGCAACGCUUGCGUUUACUGCCAGCCAGUCGCAAUAGUACGCCACAUCAUGUAACUCCAGUAACAGGAAACAAAUCGAUCGAUAUGCUACCACAGCAAUUGUUGCCAAAAACCUCCAGUGGACUGUCCACAGAAACAACAGAUGGAGCUGAACACGCUGAUCUGGCAAAAGAGCUAGCCGACGUGCGCAAGGAACAUGCCGAACUGCUCCAUUUCUUGGACGAACGUUUCGUUAAGAUGGAAAAAGAGCUCAAAUGGUCGGAUGAAAAGACGCGCUUUAUGCUCUUUAGCGAGAUGGCCAACUACUGGCAACAGCAGGUGAACAGCACACAGGAGAUACGAGAUACGCUCGAUGUAUUGCUGCGCAAGGAUCGCUUUGUGCACGAGUUCGCCAGCCUGCAGCAGGAGAACGAGCAGCUGCGCGAACAACUGCAGCAGCUGCUCAACGAGCGACAGAGCGAAGAUGCUUAAAAGGAAGCUACAAAUAACUUGUAUAAAUUUGUGUAUUGAUUUAUCAUAUAUCGAAGCACGGCUAAGAGAUUUAACUGAUUAUUUCGUUGUUUGUCAAUUACAAUUGCAGAAAUUUCUAAACGAGACGGCUUAAA